AUGGCUGUCGGAUUCUUCUCUCUCGCUCUCUUACUCUUCCUCAGUGUCGAUUCGGAUUCCGGCUACACGUCUGCUUCCGCCGCCGAAGGCGUCGAGAUAACAUAUGGAAGUGCGAUUAAGCUGAUGCACGAGAAGACUAAGUUUUGUCUGCACUCUCAUGAUGUGCCGAACGGAUCCGGCAGUGGUCAGCAAUCAGUCACUGGUUUUCCAGGCGUCGUUGAUUCCAACAGCUACUGGAUUGUUAAACCUGUGCCUGGGACAACAGCCAAGCAAGGUGACGCCGUCGUGGGCGGAGCUACCGUUAGAUUGCAGCUCAUGAAGACCCGGAAAUCGAGAACAACCUGA